CCAUAUCAUUCAUAUUUCACAUUCCCUGUCUUGUGUUGAACUGAAUUUCAUCAACCCUUCUCUAAGAAAUCCAUGGCCAAGGGUGAGAAGAAAUCCGCAGAGAAAAAGCCUGCAGAGAAGGCUCCAGCAGAGAAAACGAAGGCUGAGAAGAAGAUUCCAAAAGAUGCUACCUCUGGAGACAAGAAGAAGAAGAGGAAGGCCAAGAGCGUGGAAACCUACAAGAUCUAUAUCUUCAAGGUCCUCAAGCAGGUUCACCCUGACAUUGGGGUCUCCAGCAAGGCAAUGGGGAUCAUGAACAGCUUCAUCAAUGAUAUCUUUGAGAAGCUUGCUCAAGAAUCAUCCAGACUGGCCCGUUACAACAAGAAGCCCACCAUCACUUCCCGUGAGAUCCAGACCGCUGUUCGUCUUGUCCUUCCUGGUGAGCUUGCCAAGCAUGCCGUCUCCGAAGGCACCAAGGCUGUUACAAAAUUCACCAGAGAAAAAUGUUGUGGUGAGAAGAAACCGGCUGAGAAAAAGCCUGCAGAGAAGGCUCCGGCCGAGAAAACGAAAGCAGAGAAGAAGAUCCCGAAGGAUGCCACCUCCGGUGACAAGAAGAAGAAGAAGAAGGCCAAGAGCGUGGAAACCUACAAGAUCUAUAUCUUUAAGGUCCUCAAGCAGGUCCACCCUGACAUUGGGAUCUCCAGCAAGGCAAUGGGGAUCAUGAACAGCUUCAUCAAUGAUAUCUUUGAGAAGCUUGCCCAAGAAUCAUCCAGACUGGCCCGUUACAACAAGAAGCCCACCAUCACAUCCCGUGAGAUCCAGACCGCGGUUCGUCUUGUCCUCCCUGGUGAGCUUGCCAAGCACGCCGUCUCCGAAGGCACCAAGGCAGUCACCAAAUUUACCAGUUCUUGA